GCGAAAACGAGUAUUAGAAAGCCUCAAAAUUAGGGUUUCUUAUACCUCAAGGGGUGAAAUUUACGGUAUUCAUGGUUUGGGGCUCUUUCUAGGUUUUUUUUUUUUGAGUUUAGGCAACCUAGGGUUUUUGCAGCCAUGGUGGAGAAAAGCAAGGGAAGGAAGGAGGAAGUGGUGACCAGAGAGUACACCAUUAAUCUUCACAAGCGGUUGCAUGGCUGCACAUUCAAGAAGAUGGCUCCCAAGGCAAUCAAAGAGAUAAGGAAAUUUGCUCAGAAGGCAAUGGGGACCACAGAUGUUAGGGUGGACGUUAAGCUCAACAAGCACAUCUGGAGCCGUGGAAUUCGUGGUGUGCCCAAAAGAGUGCGGGUUCGUAUUGCUCGUAAGAGAAACGAUGAGGAGGACGCAAAAGAGGAGCUCUUCUCUCUUGUCACUGUUGCCGAGAUCCCACACGAGGGCUUGAAAGGUCUUGGCACAACGGUCAUCGAUGAGGCAGAUUAAGUCCCCUCUCUCUAGUUUAAAUCCUACUCUCUUUUUGCUCCUAGCAUAAAGACAAAAUGGUUUGGUUUCUUUUGCUCUUGCUAUUCUUCAGUUCUAGAGUCUGUCUCUGUGUGAUUUAUAUAUGGAUGGAAGUUCUGGGUUGAGAUAUUCUUUAUGAAAUUUUGGUUUUGUUGUUUGGUUUGCAGUUA